GUCUCUAGAAGGCGCCAAAGUUUGGACAGACGCGCUUGUAUUAUGUCUGCAUAGACAUUUAUCAAGGGGGUGUGUGAUUAUAACAACAAAAUACAUUAGCAAUCCGCUUCACACGAGACAACGUUAUCUCUGAUAUAAGCGAAGAUUACAUAAUGGCUGUGCCUUUUGUUAAAGACUGGGAUGUGGUACAAACCCUUGGAGAGGGAGCUUAUGGAGAGGUGCGACUGCUGGUCAACAAGAAGACAGAAGAGGCUGUGGCAGUGAAAGUUGUGGACAUGGCAAAAGCCAGGGAUUGCAUCGAGAAUGUGAAGAAGGAGGUCUGCAUAUGCAAGAUGCUUUCACACCCCAACAUUGUACGUUUCUUUGGGCACAGGAGUGAGGGGACGACACAGUACAUCUUUCUGGAAUACUGUAGCGGAGGAGAGCUCUUUGACCGAAUAGAACCGGAUGUUGGGAUGCCAGAAAAGGAGGCGCACAGGUUUUUUCAGCAGCUGAUAGCUGGUGUGGAAUAUCUUCACAGUGUUGGGAUUACACAUCGUGACAUAAAGCCUGAGAAUAUUCUUCUUGAUGAUAAAGAUAAUCUGAAGAUCUCUGAUUUUGGCCUGGCUACCAUGUUUCGGCACCGUGGCCGUGAGCGGGCAUUGAACCGUCUGUGUGGCACUCUGCCCUAUGUUGCCCCAGAGCUGAUGUCACGCUCAUCAUUCAACGCUCAGCCUGCGGACACUUGGGCUUGUGGCAUUGUGCUUACUGCAAUGUUAGCUGGAGAGUUACCCUGGGAUCAGCCGAGUGAAAACUGUCAGGAGUAUUUGGACUGGCUGGAGAGGAAGACCUACCUCACGCCCUGGAAGAAAAUUGAUGCUGUGCCUCUUAGUCUGUUGUCUAAGAUAUUACUGCACAAUCCCGAAGACAGGUUCACCAUUCCUGAAAUUAAGAAACACCGCUGGUUUAGCAGAAGUUUCAAAUCAGCAGUACAACGUCAGGGCAUCACACCAGCAGCCAAGAUGCAACGGGCUGACUCUGAGCUGAGACGUAAAAACAGUGAUGACCGAGCGCAGAUCUCCAGCUCUCAGCCUGAGCCACAGGGAUUAUGGGAGGAGAAGGAGGUUACGGUUCACACCGAUGUCAGUGUUAGCUUUUCACAACCGACCUGUCCUGAUCACAUGCUGCUGGGCACGCAACUGCUUGGCACACCGGGUGCAAGCCAGAGCCCCUGGCAGCGGCUGGUGAGGAGAAUGACCAGGUUCUUUACUACAGAAAAUGCAGAGACAUCUUGCAUCGCUCUCCGUGAUACUUGCAUUGCUUUGGGUCACACGUGGAAACAGAGCUGUAAUAAUCAGGCGACGGUGUCCACAAUGGAUCGCCGCAAUAAUAAGCUGAUAUUCAUAGUGCACUUCCUGGAAAUGGAGGAACGUAUUUUAGUUGAUUUCCGGCUGUCAAAGGGGGACGGUUUGGAAUUCAAGCGAAUAUUCCUGAAACUCAAACAGAAGCUCUCUGACAUUAUAAGCAACCAAAAGGUUUUGCCACUGAUUUGAUGCAUAUCCACAUUUCACAAUUCAAAACCAUUCACCAUUCACACUAAAUUGUUAUAUGUUUGUGGUACGUGUUUGGAUCUGUUUGUCUGAAGUUGUAUAUGUCUGUUUUAUUGAUCCACGAGUGAAGGAAUGAUGAGAAAUUGUCAGGUAUAGUUUAUCUGUUUGUGAUCCGUUACUGCGAUGAAGAGGGUUUUAGUUUUCUACCUCCUAAAAAGAUAGUAGGGUUCUGAAUGUGACAAAGUUAAAAAUAAAUCCACUUUUAUUAA